AUGGGGGAGCCCCCCCAAACUCUGAAAUCCUCGGCCCACGCAAAUCCACCCACCCAUCACAAACCCGAGGGGGAGGGCGGAGUGGCGGACAGGGGAGCCGGGACGCCUUGGGCUGCGCAAGGGGAGAGUGGGAAGUGGAAAAAGAGGAGUCCCCCAACCCCCACCCACGGUCUCGGGACAACCCCAAGUGCCCUCCCAAUACUGCCCCACUGCGGGGGCCGCGGGGAGGACUGUGGAAAUCCACGCCCGUACCCUCGCCCCAGGAAGUUCUCGGGUGUUACCCCAGCACCCCUAAGGCUGCACCUCCCCCGCCUCCCCGGGGCCAGAAAGGAGAAGGGUCUGCGGGCGGGUGGGGCGCCUAGCCGGGAUCUCCGCGCCGCCGGGCGCCGACAGACGCCCGGGGCAUCCCCGAGGAGCGCAGACUGGCGGCUGGGGAAGGGUGGGGGGAGUGACGGGCGUCCGGGUCUCCGGGGUCCCGACGGCUCCGGUCAAGUGCAGCGCCCUUCCAGCCUAGGGUCAGCGAGGCUUGAUCCGCCGUGGGACACCCGCCCUGCGCCCCCCGUGGCCCCGACCCCACCCGGGACCCGCGCAUCCGGACCCCCGACUUCGGCCUCCGCGCCCGAGGUAGCUCGACGAGCUUUGUUAACUCCCCACUAUCCACGGCACCGCCGUCGGGCUGCCCCAAGGCCGCGCGCCCCUUGCCGCCCGCCGCGCCCGCCGCGUCCUCACCACGAGCCGGGGCCGCACCUGUGCCAGCCGCCGCCGCUCGCCCGCUCCCUUCGGCUGUGCCGGCGCCGCUCCGAACCCCACACACAUCGCUACACACAGCCCUCUGACGUCACCGAGCCCUCGGCCCGCCCACGUCACUGCGGAGACACACGGCUUCCCGCAGACGCCGCCGCCGUCUCCGGCCGCCCGGGGGAGAGCGAGGGCGGCGGGGAGGGGGAGGGGAAGGGAACGGAGCCAGCGGCGGCACCGCGCGCGCGGGCCCGCCGGCGUCGCUGCCACCGCCCCCUCGCGACUCCCAGCCCCUCGGGGACGCGCGCGCCGUCUGGCCUAUUUCGCCCAGCCGGCUGUCUGGGGCCGCCACCGCCCCGCCCCCGCCCCACCCGCUGCUCUGUGGUGACGGGCCAGACCCGGGGGCGCCCUGGCCGCUCCGCUGCCGCGCGACUGGGAGAGAGGGGGCAGGGCGGCCGCGCGGUGCACUGUGCGCGACCCCAGCAGCCGGCAGGGCGGAGGCAGGGCCCGCCCGGCAGAGCGCCGCCGCCCGAGGUCAGGCACGGGCGACCCUCCCCCCGCGAGGCUGCAGCUGGGCCGCCCCGCCCCGGAGGCAGCCGGGUGGCGGCCGCCCUGCAGCGCCCCCAGUGUGGGCCCCGCUCCCCGGGGCGCGCCGGGGCUGCCCCCCGCCCCCACGGGGCCUCCCGCCCGCAGGCCGCCCUGCCAGCUGCCUGCGCUCCGCCCCACCUCGGCGGCCCCCGCCUUGCCGGGGCGGCCUCCGCCCAGACGCCUUCCCCGGGCUGA